CAGCUUGUGUUGGGUACGUACCAUUUUCACAGCACACAGCUGUUUCUAGCCGAUAUCUCUGUCGCAUGGGAUAUCGAUAACAUACGUGGUAGUACGUCUAUUUACCAAAUUUUUAUUAACUAUUGACGCGAAUUGUUAAGCAUUAAACACACUUGGGGGUCAAAAUGCGCGAACAGCCACUGAAAGAGGUCACCCAGCUAAUACAUGCCAUUAAAGUGGGGUUGGUGGAGGGCUCCUACGGCAUAACCAACAAGACACUAGACAUCUUCAAAUACAUAAUCAUCAGCAAGAGCUGGAAGAAUGCCGAUGCCCUCAUGCAGAUUGUGCGGGCUCAGUGCCGCAUCUUGCAGGCGGCCCUGCCACAGGAGACUGUCACCUCGAACAUAGCACGCCGCAUCUUGAAACUCACCCGCGAGGAGUUCGAUCUGCUGCAUGCCAAGGUCCAGCACUUUGCAGAUGACUCACAGGCCUCGCUGUCGCUCCACAAACUGGUCACCCAGACCAGUGAGAGCAAUGUGAGCGUCGACUAUUCGGUGCCACAGCAGGGGCUGCGCGAGGCCUUGCUGGAUCAUCUGCAGGAGGUGGAAACGGAGCUGGAGACCAGCUCGGAGAACAUCUGCGUCCAGGCUGAAGAGCACAUACACUCGUCGGAGAUCAUCCUCACCCUGGGACACUCGCGCAGUGUGGAGAAUUUCCUGAAGCGAGCCAUCAAGAAGCGUCAGUUCCUCACCAUCAUUGUGGCGGAAUGUGCGCCCGCCUGUCGGGGUCACAAUCUGGCCGCCAGCUUGGCUGCCGAGAAGAAUGUGGAGAUUAUUGUCAUCCCGGAUGCGGCCAUAUUUGCCAUGAUGUCGCGCGUCAACAAGGUCAUCAUUGGCACACACAGUGUCCUGGCGAACGGUGGUCUGCGUGCUGCCUGCGGUGCCUAUACGGUGGCUCUGGCCGCCAAGCACUAUUCCGUGCCAGUGAUUGUCCUCGCGCCCAUGUACAAACUGUCGCCGCUGCAUCUGUGCGAACAGGAUGCCUUCAAUAUGGUCGGCUGUGCCGAGGAUGUGAUCCCAUACGAUUCGAUACCGGCCCGCGAGGCCAAGGUCUACAGUCCCAUGUUCGACUAUGUGCCCCCGGAAUUGGUCACGCUCUUCAUAUCCAAUACCGGUGGCCACGCCCCCUCCUAUGUGUAUCGUCUGCUCACGGAACUGUAUCAUCCAGAUGACCUGGAGAUUUGAAAUCGUUUUACACUCUGUUUGCCACCCGACACUCGACCAAUAAAGGAAGUCCCCAGUUCCAGUUGCAGUCCA